UUACACAUCAAAUCGUUUGAUGUCGCACAUAUCGCACGCAACACACGAUGUUUAUGUUGACAGCUACCAUGAUGCUAACUGCUGCUUGUUGCCUACUCUAGUACUCUAGCUAGACCAAUAUAAAAGCAAAAGCAAGCAAGUAGUGGUUUUAAACUCAUGGACUAGAGAUGUUGUCAUAAUCGUUUGUCUGUGUAUUACACAAAUCUCAAUAUUAUUAAUGACUUUUAUUUUAUAAAUAAACGCGACAAACGUGAUAACUGUAUUGUUGUGUUUUCGACUGAAUAGUUAAGAAAAAACAAUUCUUUUUAAUUUUUUAUAUGGAAUAUAUUUAAUAUGUCAGAAGAUUUUGUAUUAGCGAAUGAUAAUUAUCAUGGGGUGUAUUGGUUUUCAAUUAUAUCCGAAUGGACAGGAUUACCUCUUGAUCAGGUUAAUUUGGUACUCACACAACUUGUAUCUUUGAGUAUAGCACCGCUAUUUCGGACACUUCUACAUCCUGCACGUGUAAGUGCAGACAUACGUCAUGGAUUGGGGCUUACGUUGGGUGCAUUGUUUGGUUAUAUAUGUUUUGGAUACCAUGCAAUACAUUUAAUAACAUUACCAACACUUACAUACACAAUAAUGUGCUUCCAAAGUCCAAAAACUAUGCAUCGGAGUGUGUUAGUGGUCUCAUUAUUAUAUUUAUCUACAAUUCAUUUACAUCGACAAUAUUAUUUUUCGAAUUCGUACACGCUUGACAUUUCUGGUCCAUUAAUGAUAAUUGUACAAAAAAUCACAUCGUUAGCUUUAAAUUUACAUGAUGGGUUAACAAAAGAGGAUGAAGAAAUGAAUGAUAAUCAAAAGUAUCAUGCAAUUGAUCGUAUACCAACUAUUUUCGAAUAUUUUAGCUACAUAUUUCAUCAUCAAACUUUAAUGGCGGGUCCAUUAAUUUUUUAUAGAGAUUACAUGCAUUUUAUACAAGGCACAUAUUUAUUAGAUGCUCUUCCUAAACCAAAGUCAUCAGUAAAUCAAAAUAUUAUCCAAACCAAUGGAGAUGCUGUUCCAUCAAAAUCAAAUUUAAAACAAACAAACAAUAAUACUGCAGAAUCAUAUCGGAUAGCAUUGGUAGAACCUUCUCCAUAUAAGGCUGUCAUGUUAAAAGCAUUAGGUGGAGUAGCUUGUGCUUUGAUUUAUUUAAAACUAUCCGAAAUCUUCCCACUUGACGUAAUACGUGAAGAUGACUUUGUAUUGAAUACAACUUUAGUUUAUAAACUAUAUUACUUAAACAUUGUGACGACUCUAACACGUUUUAAAUAUUAUUACGCAUGGUUAUUAGGCGAUGCGGUAUGUAAUAAUUCAGGAUUAGGUUUUAAUGGAUACGAUGAAAAGGGUAAUGCGAAAUGGGAUAAAGUAUCAAAUAUUAAUGUGCUCGGAUUUGAGUUUAGUACAAGUUUGCGUGAUGGUAUUAACGCAUGGAAUAUACAAACUAAUAAAUGGCUACGAAUGGUUGUUUAUGAUCGUGUUGCGGUUUAUGCAACACUAUUAACGUAUACGCUGUCUGCGGUGUGGCAUGGAUUCUAUUUGGGAUAUUAUAUAACAUUUAUAUCAGCGACAUUGUAUACAAUGGCAGCUAGAACGAUACGACGCUAUUUCCGACAUUACUUCCAACAUAAUAGAAACUCAAGCAUCUUUUACGAUAUUCUAACUGGAUUUGUAACAAGAGUUCUUUUUGGCUAUUUAACAUUUUCAUUUAUUAUUUUGGACUUUGAGCCAAGUUUGCGACUUUUAGUACACAUGUACUUUAUCUUCCAUGUAUUGAGUUUCAUCGUAGUUUUAUUUGUACCAAAAAUAAUGCCAAAACCAACUCGAAUUCGUUUCUCAACAGCAGAAGAAGCAGCUAUUCCAAGUAAAGAAGAUAAUAAUGGUGGUGUGGUUAUAGAAAAUUUAUCUAGUAAUGGAACAAUCAGUAAAGAUUCCAUUCAUAAAAAAUCACUCAGUAAAGAUUCCUUUUACAAGAAAUCAACCAGUAAAGAUUCUAUUGUUAAAAAAACAUCAGAUAAAACUGAAUAGGUCAGGCAUAUUGCGUGAUCGAAGCGUGUGUGUUUUUUACCCUACAUACUGUUGUGUGUGCUGUGUGUAAAAAAAACUAAAAAAUCUCCAAAUUAUAUUUACUAUCAUAGUGGCCACGGGAAAAGUCUGGGACACGCAAACUGAAGUCAAAAAUAUAUCAUGAUAGUCAUCUUUUAGGAAAUUUGGAAAUGGUAAGGAAAAUACAUCAAAAUUAGGCACCACGGGGAAAGUAUAGAAAAUACAUAUUGUAUUUUCAAAAGUACAGAAUCUCUGGUGACCCCCAUAAUAUAAAAUGCAUUUAUCAUGCGGGUCACUUUACGAUAAAUUUGCAAAUGACAAGGGAGUAUACAUCAAAAUUAGAGGAUAGAGCACAUGUAGAAUAGAACAAAAGCACAUUACUAUUUUUAAAGGUGUAAAAAAUGUUGUGGCUGCCAUGUUAUUAGGUAAAAAAUUGAAUUGUUGUAAUUUAGUCUCCUUGAAAGGUUUUAUUCGGUAGAGGAAACGUAGUUAACAACAAUCAGUUUUGAGAUUUAUUUAAUGUGAUAUCAGAGAACUGU